CACAGCAACACACGGCUUCUCUUCCUCAGCACGGCGACGGGGGCUUCCCCUCAGCCGCCGCCGCCGCCGGCCAAGCCCCGCCGCUCCCGCGGCCCGCGGCCGCCAUGCAGUUUAUGUUGCUUUUUAGUCGUCAGGGAAAGCUUCGGCUGCAGAAAUGGUAUGUCCCGCUAUCAGACAAAGAGAAGAAAAAGAUUACAAGAGAACUUGUUCAAACUGUUUUAGCACGGAAACCGAAAAUGUGCAGCUUCCUUGAGUGGCGCGAUCUGAAGAUUGUUUACAAAAGAUAUGCUAGUCUGUAUUUUUGCUGUGCUAUUGAGGAUCAGGACAAUGAACUAAUUACCCUGGAAAUAAUUCAUCGUUAUGUGGAAUUACUUGACAAGUAUUUUGGCAGUGUGUGUGAACUUGAUAUCAUCUUUAAUUUUGAGAAGGCUUAUUUUAUUUUAGAUGAGUUUCUUUUGGGAGGGGAAGUUCAGGAAACAUCCAAGAAAAAUGUCCUUAAAGCAAUUGAGCAGGCCGACCUACUGCAGGAGGAUGCAAAAGAAGCUGAAACCCCACGUAGUGUUCUUGAAGAAAUUGGACUGACAUAAUUCUCCUCCCUUGUUGAUGACUUCUUGUGGCAUUUCACACACUGUAGAUGGUCACUGCCUUCAUGUCCAUGUUAGCUAAUGGUGUAAGAUGAUGUCUUGUCAGUAUUACUGUUUUGCUAAGCCGCUUCAUUCAGGCCUACACAAUUUUUUUUUAAAGGGAACUUUGAUUAACCAAGUGAAAUUAAGGGAUUUAAAAUAUUAAUUAGUAAUAGAAUGAUGCAGAAAGAUAACUUUUCUGGAUAUUCUAAAGUUUAUAGGUCAGUUUCUCUUAAUCUGAUUAUGUGCAUAUAUGAAAAUGACACAUCUAUAUACAUGUAAAAUCAAAUAAUCAAGCAACAUACAUUAAUUACCGUAUUUGAUAAAGGAAACUUAAUUAUAAGGUGAAACCUGGUUUUAUGGAACCAAAGACUAAUGCAACAUUUCAGUAUAUAUAAGAAUAAAGGGAAUUGACAUGUCACAUAACAAAUGAAUGGAAAUUUAACUCUGUUGAAACUUAAAAAAAACAAAACAACCAAAUUUAUACCAAAGACUCCUAUUGGAAACUACGUAGCUUAAAACAAAGGGAAUACAGAUUUUAAAUGACUAAAUUGAAAUGAUGCUGUUUUAUACUAAAAAUUAUUUCUUAGGCAUUCUGAACGUGGGAUGAGGAACAGAGAUUGUUUCAUAAUAGUGAGCACAUAAUUUUUAAGGCCAAGGCACAUUUGACUCCUGAGAAGAAUUCUUUGUGGUCAUAAUCAUUUACUGAGUUGGAUUGUUUUUGACGCCCCAAACUAAAGUGGGAAUAUUAAUUUACCAGGAAUUCUUCAUAACAGUAUCUUACAGGAAACAUGUCAUUCUCAUCACAGUAUUGUGUGUAAAGUCAUUGGUUUAAAGCACGAAUGUUCCUUCUGGGGUGCUUGUUAAAGCCAAAUUUAUUUUGCUUCCCUAUUGCUUCCCUCCACUUAAAAGUGCUGCAAACUCUGUAGCAGCUUCCUUUUUUUCCAUGGCACUGCCUAGUUAAUAGAAGUCUUAUAAAAAUAUAAAAAGACACCUUUCAUAUAAAAAAGUGAGAGUUGAAUGAGGUAAAAUGGCAUUAGUUGGCCCUAUAUUUUUUAAAGCUACAACAAUUAUUCAGUGUCACCUUUUCUAAGUCCUUAUACAUAUCUAAACAUGUCUUCAUAGUUUAUACUUUCACUUGUACAUGCUGGGCUGGAUUAAGCUUGUGAUUGUGACCAAUAUUCAGGCCACGUGAGCACUGUCUUACCACAUCGCUAAUUAGUUGUAAUAAACGUUCAACGUACAAACACUGGAGUGUGUUUUUAUCUCUCUUUCCAAAAGUUUGUCAAACUGUGGAGAGCUGCUGAAGGAAGAAUUUAUUUUUUUCGGUAAAAUGUUGAAAAUUCCCCUCCAUUUGAAUAUGGUGGUUGUUAUAAGCACACACAAGAUAAAAGGCGGAAGAAUCUGAGGAGUCUUCAUGUACUUCAAGUUCAUUAAAAGAUAACGUGGAUCCCAUGCUACUGAGAGCUUAUCUACACAUUUAUUUUCACUCAAUAAAUGCCGCUUUUAAAACCU